AUGCAUGACAUUGAGUAUUUGCUGAAGUAUCUGCUGGAUAGUGCGACAUUGAAGGUUGAGAAGCUUGAAGAUAUUGCCGAUGCUCAGCAGAUGGCUGCAUUUAACAAGAAGUUUGGAGAUACGCGGCGAAUCCGUGGUUUUUGUGCGGAGAUAGGGCCUACGACGUAUUUUCCUGUUUUUAAUGUUCCUCUUAAGGCAGAUUCGAUUAUUCACAAUGUGAAGUUCUGUGAAGUUGCAGUUGGAGAGUCGAUAUAUGUAUCUAAAGAGUAUGUGAAGCAGAUGAAUCCUCCGGGACAUUACGACUCGUUUAUUACGAGUGAGCAUGGAUAUCAGGUUGGGUUUCUUCCUGACUCGCAGAUGGACAUGAAGGAGUAUUUGUAUGCAAUUAAGGAUACAAACAAGGUUCUGCCACUUUUUGAUGUGACUUUUGAGUAUGACGUGGAACUAGAGAUGAGGAGUAAAGGAAGUUUUGUGUGUGACAGAUGCCGGACGAAUCAAUCUGUUUCGUUUUGCCCUGCAGAGCGAGCAAGCUUUUGCGAGAUGUGUGACGCUGAGGUGCACAACGACCAUUUUCUGAAGAGACAUGUAAGAUAUUACUUCAAUGAAGUGGGAAAGAAGAAGUUUAUUUACUGUGAGAGCCAUCCUGAGACGAUGGUUGAUUACUUCUGUGAAGAGUGCCUGAUUCCUGUGUGUACGAAGUGUAAGAUAAAUGGAAAUCAUUCUGAGCUUCCAAAUGGGUCGCACAGUCUAUUGAAUUAUGUUGAGGCGUGUGAUAGUCUGCAGAGGAUGCUUACGACAGGGAAUCUGCAGCUGGUUGACGAGGAAAGGGUUUUAAAGGACUGUGUUGCUGAGUUCAGAAAGAAUGUGAGGAUGUUCCAGAACAACAUCAAUGAUGUUCGUAACAAGAUUGAAUGUGAAUACAAGAAUGCACUGAAUGAGCUUCAUGCGUUUGAGAAGAAAGAGUUCCAGGUUAUCAAUACACAUUACAUUUCAUAUCUCGGGAGAUUAACAGAGCUUGAAAGGAUGAGAGAGUAUCCGACCAAUCUUGAGCCGUCACAGCUGCUUAAGACGUUCAAAAGCGUUGUAAUGCAGAGAGAGGCUGUGCCGCAAGAGGCUGAGAAUGUAAUUUUCAAACCCGCAGAGAUUUCACUGAAGGGACAUCUUACUCUGAAGGAUGAGGAGACAUAUAUCACAAGGAAAGGCUAUUCAUCUAGAAUGGAUAAAAGCACGCAGUUGUAUGUUGAGACCCGAGGAAUCAAUGUGAAUGUUCAAGGUAAAAAUAAAUGA